UUAACUAAUAAUUAAAUGUAUAUGAAGCCUUUUUCAGCUUGAAGAUAGACAUCAACUUAGUUCAAAUCCUGUCUAAUUUCUUAAGCUAACAGAAAUCCUUCUAAAUUGUCAGUUCUUCUCAUCUGGGUCUGAGUUAUAUUUUGUGAAUCAGAAUCUAGAUAAUCUGAUGGAGUGCUAUCCCGGAAGUGUUAUGGAUGAUCUUGUUGUUCCCAAGGAUCAUGAUUUGUCUGACAGGCUUCCAUCAUCUCCAGAAAUCUGGUCAAAAUGGGGAGCUUAUUCCCCUGGAAGUUCAUUGUUUCCUAACAAAUUCUUUAAUACUGAUAUGGAUGUGACUGAGGAAGAGUUCAACUUCAACGGUUUUUGUAACGAAGUUGAGAUGGAUAUUGCAGUCCAAGAUAAAGAUCAUUACAGUGGUUCCAGUGUCUGUGGAGGAUCAUUAGAGGAGUCUCUGCAAAGGACAUCACUGUCAUGCAGCCGGACAGAUGAUGAGCUUGAUCCACUUGCGGGGAUUGAACAAUUGGAUGACAUAUUCUUGAGUUCCUUGCUUGCCGAUCAGCCCUGGGAUGAAGAUAUCCACAAGUUGUUUGGUGUGUUGCCUGAUAAUAAUCACUUGACUGACAUGACUUUAGAUUCAAAAAGUGCUUCUAGUGACAAACAUAGUAUAGGAAGCUCCAAGUAUCUACAAACACACGCAUUCUCUCCAUCCAUGGAUUGGGAGGAGGAAGAAGUUGAUGCGUCUCCAUUUAUUCCCUGCAACUCCAAGCAGAAACAUUUCCGACCGCUGAAGGCAACGGCCAAAUGCCAAGUGCCUUCAGAGGAGUACGCUGCAAAUGGACUUGUUGCAGACAAAACAUCACCUGAAGAAUCGGUGCUGCAGGAGCUCAGAAUGGUGACGGAACAGAUGACUGAUAAGACACGAAUUUGCUUUCGUGAUGCCUUGUACCGGCUUGCUGAGAGCACAAAACAACAUGUGAUAAUAUUGAGGCAGGGUGGUGACUUCACGGCAGAAACUCCUCCUGGUGCAGCUCGUGAUACACAUAUAAGAUUAAAGUAUUAAAACUGUUCAAUGAUCAGGUCUACAGAAAAGCAAGCAAUGGAAUCAAAAACCAAUGUCAUUGACAGAACCAUUGCAAAUCUCAUGUUCUGUGAGAUGGACUUGAAUAUACAACGCACUCUUGCUGCAGAAGAAAUAAACACAAAGCAAGAAGUAAUCAGCAUGGCAGGAUCACAAAACCACCACUCUAAUCAGCCUCACAUUCGUCAUUUCUGUCAAGCCAUGUUGGCCGGUGAAGGCUACGAGGUUGAAGUUCCAACGCUUAGUUAGAAACACCAACAGAUUGCGCCAACAAAAUUUCUGGAUGACUUCUUGAAAACCCCGAGUGAAAGAUGCCAUUAUAUUGGAAGAAAUAAAUACUUAAGUUUAUAAAAUUCUGAAACUUUGUUCUGUACUAUUAUUGUACAUGCACAUAUUUUAGGUCUGAGGAUUCAAGCUGCAUCAGCUCAGCUCAGUUUUGAUUUGUGUUUACAUAAGUUUGUAAAAAAUACAUAAUAUGUGUAAUAUUAUGUUCUGUUUGAUUGUAAA